AUGGACAAGAGUUGGAUGAUGAUAUGUGAUAGGUUGAAAAGUAAAGAGUACCAACAAGGUGUUAAGUCAUUUAUUGACUUUGCUACGAAGGACUUAUGCCCACACAAUGACAUUCGUUGUCCGUGUGUCGAUUUCUUGAAUGGAACAAAGCAUAGUCGACAAGUUGUAUGGCUAUACUUGAUUCGAAGAGGAAUUACUUGUUCUUAUAGAACUUGGGUGCACCAUGGGGAACGUGUUCCAUUGCAUCAUGGUCAGCCUAGUGUGUCAAACGAUGCUGGUGAAAGAGAUGGAGCUAAAAUUUUUGACGUUGACGAUCAUUUGGGUGAGUCGCCUACUAUGUUGGAAGAGAUUUACAUGAGUGGCCUCAUGGAUGAUCAUAUCAACGGAGAACCUAAUAGCUCGGAGAGAGAAAACUUAGUAAAGUUCAUUAAGUUGUUUGAUGAUGCUCGACGCAAAGUGUACCCGGAGUGUGAAAAGUUUUCCGUGUUGUCCUUCGUUAUUAAAAUGCUUCAUAUUAAGGACAACGCAAAACUGGAUAAUUGCCCUACAUGUAAGGAGUCUAGAUACAAGUUCACCAAUACGAGUGGUAAAAAGAUUCCUCACAAAAUAUUGAGGUACUUUCCUUUGACACCGAGGUUGAAGAGAUUGUACAUGUCGAAAAAAACCGCCGCAGAUAUGAGAUGGCAUAAAGAGAAGCAUGUAGAUGAUGGAUUGUUAAGGCAUCCAGCCGAUGGUCAGGCAUGGAAGGACUUUGAUAUGCAGCAUCCUAUGUUUUCUGUGGAACCCCAACAUUUAAGGUUAGGGCUUGUGUAG